AUGGUUAAGGUGACCGGGCGAACUCAUCGUCAGCGAAUGGCGGUUCAGGCGAUUGAAGCUCUGGGGGGCAGUGUGAUGUACGACUUCGAGAUUCAGGGGAAGGCUGAACCACCGGGGCCCAGAUGGCUUCGCUCGAUGGUUGGCGAUGAGUACUUCAUGAAUGUUGAAGAAGUUCUUCUUUGGGAUGCCAGUGCCGAUGAUCGAGUCGUUAGCCAGUUGUGCAAUUUGAAGCACGUCAAAAAGAUGUACUUGCAAGGAACGCAAAUCAGCGAUGCUUCUGUGCCUUAUCUUGAAGCGAUGCACGAAUUGGAAAUCUUGAGCCUUUGGAAGACUCGUGUAAGUGAAGACGCGAAAGCAAGGAUCCGCCGUUUUUCGCACACCAUGAUCGAGUUGCCGGUUGAUCGAGUGAAUGAACAUCGCCGUGCGCUGGUACGAAGUGCUGUCGUUCUUUCGGUAAUUGCUUUUGGGGCUCUGCUUGCAGUGCAGUUUGCAGGAGUUUCAAUCAUUACUCCCUUGGGCGUUGAUUUGAUUGUGGUGAUGGCAGUUGCUCAGAGCGCCGUUCUCUUGUGGUGCAUGCAAUUUCGAAGAUGUCGUUUUUCGGUGCCACAGAGUGUGCUGGCUUUUGCAGGCUUAGAAAUAGUCUUAUUGCUCCUGGUCUUAGUCGCCGUUCCCGAGCAUGUGCUGUCCGACAUUGGCCAACUGUUUCAUACUGAUGUUGUUGUGGAUGAGCCGCAUGAAACGAUUGAGAAUCGGCAAAACACCGCCAACCUGGAGCACACUGGUGCCUAUGAUUUUCCAGGUUUUCGUGGUGCGACCCGUGACGGAAUCAUUCAAGGAGUUGAACUCAGGCGAGAUUGGAACCGGCAUCCGCCCAAGGAACUGUGGAGGCGUCGGGUGGGUCUUGGCUGGUCGUCUUUUGCUGUAGUGAAUGGAUUCUGUGUCACUCAGGGGCAGCAAGGUGAGUUUGAAACUGUUGUCUGUUAUGACAUGCGGACGGGUGAAGUUUGCUGGGAGCAUCGCGACCAAGCCAACCUUUAUGCAGUAGAAGGGGGCCAUGGCCCUCGGGCGACUCCCACAAUAAGCCUUGGACGUGUCUAUGCGCUGGGAGCAACAGGAAUUCUAAAUUGUCUCGAUGGUGCCACCGGCCGUUGCAUCUGGUCGACCAAUAUUCUGGAAGACAAUGAUGUGACGAACCGGCUUUUUGGGAUGGCGGGAUCACCACUGGUCCUGGAGCCCUACGUUAUCGUCAGCCCCGGAGGUCAGGGGUCUUCGCUUGUUGCCUACGAUCACGAGACCGGGAAGAAGAUGUGGGUCGGAGGCUCGGGCCAGGCGUCUUAUAGCUCACCACAGCAUGGGAUCAUAUGUGGCGAGGCCCAAGUUUUGAUUUUUGACGGUGAAGGUAUUCAGGGGCACCGCUUAGCAAGCGGUGAGCACCGUUGGGGGUAUCCUUGGGUCAGCAACCCCGCAGAAAAGAACAACGUUUGUCAGCCAGUUGUUUUCGAUGAGGAUUUGACAGAUGACGUAACCCGAGUAUUCAUCUCUUCCGGCUACGGCCAAGGUUGUGCAUUGCUGGAAGUGAAACGUAUUGAAGAUGAUUACUCGGUGGAAGCGGUGUGGCGGAAUCGAAAUCUGAAAGCAAAAUUCUCGAGCGUGGUUACGCGGGACGGCUAUAUAUAUGGCCUGGAUGAACGCAUCCUGGUCUGCCUCGAUCUCAAUACGGGGAAGCGAGCCUGGAAACGGGGGCGUUACGGCUUUGGGCAGUUGCUUUUGGUGGGCGAUUUGUUGUUGAUCCAGGCUGAAACAGGCGACGUCGCACUGGUUGAGGCUACCAGUGCCGAGUAUCACGAAGUUGCCCGAGUCGCUGCGCUGGAGGGUCGCACGUGGAACCAUCCAGUACUAUCAGGGUCUCUGCUGCUGGUGCGCAACGAUCACGAGGCAGCAUGCUACGAACUGCAGGUAGAUGAAGAAUGA